GUGUGUGUGUGUGAGCAUCUAUCAGUUACACAUACAUGCCAGUACAUACACACAACAAGUAGUUCAUAUUAAAUAUUAUGUAUUAUAAAAACCACUGGAUUUGUCUGUUUGUUGGGAGUUGAUUUGUAGCCAGAGCGAGGCUAGUUGAUUUGCGGAUGCAGCCAAAGAAAUGUGUGGAGAAAAUAUUGCACAAAAAUAUUUGUUUACAGUUUCACAGAGGCAAACUACUGUUUGACAAUCAGACUGAAGAACCAGGGAUGUGACUGAAAUGUGAAUAUGUAUGAUACUGUACAGAAAAACUGGCAUGAGUUCUGUAAAUUAGAUUGCUUUCCCACUAACGUCAGGUCAAAUGUAGCUAGAUUACACGGUUUAGUAGAUCAAGUAAAUGUUUUAUCCUGUACUUAAUCUUUAUCAUUGUUAUACUACCACCUAGUGAAAGUACAGUAUUGAUACCUCUGUUUCUAAAGGUUUCCACUAGUUACCACAGCCGCAAAGUCAAAAUGGCCUAUAUCGUAAAAAUUCAUGAAAACACAAAUUAGAUUUUUGGUCUUAAUAUAAGGUUACGGUUAGGCAUAAGGUUAGCAGUGUGGUUAAUGUUAGGUUUAAUGUUAAGGGGAGGUUUUAAAUGACAUUUUAAGAAGAUAAAUUGUAGAGAUAGGCGGGGUUUAUGACUGUGGCUGUUGUAACUAGUGACGACCGUUUGUAAAACAGCUGCGUUCAUUUGCUGGACACAAUGCCCACGAUUUCAAAACUAGGGUUACGAACAAAAUGCAUAAAAUCCUAUAUCCUUGACCGCAUUAUGGUUGGAUUACAUGGCAUGUUUUUAUUAUAGUGAAUGCCUUCAUAGGGCUGCUAGGUUCCCUUCAAGUGUCGCGCGCAUGCGCUUUGAGCCCCUCCUUUUUAUAAAAAGGGGAAAAAAGAACGAAAAUGGCUGCCUUUCUCAUUUAAACCUCUGUCCUAGAAGAAUAAAUAAACAUGAAAUACCCGGCGCAUAAUGUAAUCCAGCAUCAAGUCAAUAUCCAUGGAAUAUAGGGCGUAGAAUGCAUGCGUUUCUAUGAUGUGGCGGUCAAGAAUGGAUAAACUGUUUCAUAUUUAACCCUUUGCAUUCCAUGAUCCGCCUACAAAUGAGAAAAUGAUGCACCACGUCACUAGCAGCAGCAAUGACUAUUGCAUGAGUGGCCUUGCAGAGGAAUGUCAACACCCAACCAGCCACUUCGACUUAUGUAGCUCGCAAUCCAACAAAUUCUACCCUUCGCCCCCACCCCCUACUCUACAGCUGCCCCAUCCUAACCUACCCCCUCUGCCACAGGGCAUGCACAAGCCCAUGCCCUGUCAAAUGCAGCAAGAGACCCAGAAUGAGUUCAACCCUCAGACAGUGAGGAUCCGAGGGGCCAGUGAGGCUCCAACUGGGCCAGAGAGCUCCAAGAAGAAGAAAGGAGGCGUCGUCAAAUCCGGCCGUAGAGGGAGACCCUCGGGGACCACUAAGUCAGCCGGUUACCGGACAAGCACCGGACGUCCGUUGGGGACCACGAAAGCUGCAGGGUUCAAGACCAGUCCCGGCAGGCCCUUGGGUACGACCAAAGCGGCAGGCUACAAGGUUAGCCCUGGCAGGCCUCCUGGUAGCAUCAAGACUCUGGCUCGGCUCAAGAAACUGGAGUACGGAAGCUGUGAUGGUACCAAGAAACUAGACUUCAGUAACUGCGGUGGCGGAGCCAAGAAACUGGACUAUGCCAGCUGCGAAAUGGCACCUUUCCCUUACACCCUGAUGCAGAAACAAGGCUUGUGUGAGCCAACUGGCAAAGUGGAGGAAAGUAACAAGUAGUUCUGCCUGCAUCUCUAUCUACUGCCUGGAACUCAGAUUUGAGUGCUUGUCCUAAAGGAUGUUGAUGACCAGCAGGGACUUGUGUAGCCAAAAUGUGGGUUGACUUUUGGAUACGUCUGGCACUGGCUACCUACAAAUGGCUCCUCCUCUCUUCAAUGUACUGUGCUAAUAUCAUCACCAUUUAUUCUGUCCCUAUCCAAAGACUGAAAUCUCUCUCUUUUUUUCAAUAAGUAUGUUAUCUUAUUUUACAGAGAUUGCAUGAUGAGGCAUAUAAUAAAUACAAUCAAUAUACUUUAGCUAAACAGGAAUGAGAGAAAUAGCCUAUUAUUCGUUAUAAUCUGUUCAAAUGCUCGCUGUCUGGAGAAGGGUUGAUGUUUUGUUUAAAUGUUUAAAUAUCUGACUUUCAUUCAUCUGUUUAUUUUAUUCUCUGAUAUAAUGUGCUGUAUUAGUAGUAGUCGUCAUGGUUUUCUUGUCCUCAUGAUGUUUUGAAAAUGUAUCUGAGUAGAAAACAACACCAAACGCAGUAAAACAUGAAUCUGAAGCUUCUCCCAGAGUGCAUGUUGCUGCGCUUGUGUCUUUUUGUGUUGUCUGGUAUUUUUUUUUAAUUUUUAAUUUUACCUUUAUUUAACUAGGCAAGUCAGUUAAGAACAAAUUCUUAUUUACAAUGACGGCCUACACCGGCCAAACCCUCCCCUAACCCGGCCGACGCUGGGCCAAUUGUGCGCCGUAUGACAUGUAUUUCAUUUGUAUGCAUAUUUAUACACAGGAUUUAUACACAGGAUUUAUACACAGGAUUCAAUGUGAUAAACAUUGUUACAACACGUUUUUUUGUUGUCAUUUUGCUUGAACUGACACAAACACAAACACAUCUGAAAAUCUCACAUAAUACUUAUUUGACGACAUAGGAAUUGUUAUUUCUAACACUUUGUGAAUAUGAAUGGUUUUGUGUUCUCAAUGUGCUGUAUUAUCCUUUAUUUUUUUGUUCUCACAAUGUAACUGUCACUUGAUAAAAACAAACCCAGAAUGGUG